UCAAAAACCAUCAUCGAAAAAAUUUCUCCGAUGUCUGCCGUGUCUGUGUUGAAAGCAAGAGCAGAACUUUUGUUUAUCGGUAAAAUACCAUUGAAAUAAUUGUAAUAAAUUAGGUUUUCUUGUUCUGCUGUGACUGUAAAUGUGACGAUAAAGUUUGUGCGUUAGAAUUUACGUGCGGCAGUUCUUCAACUUGGACCAAAGCAGUUUCCGAACGAGGGUCGAGUUACGUCAAUACACGUAAACAUCCAAACAGUAGUGCCUUGCGUGGGGGCGUAGUCUUUCUCGGGCCAGCAUCUAGGGCAUUGUGUAUCACGGGAUCGAGCAGCAGCAAAUUGUUAUGGACCAUCAUCACCACAAUUCGGAAUUUCACCGGAGCUCUAAUUCAUUGGAUUCCGACUCGAAAUCAAGCUCGUUGAACUCGAAGCACGGGAUGGAUACGAUUGUUGCGAACGAGUCCUCGUUCACGUAUCUCUCCGGAGAGAACACGCAGGACAUCAAGAACGAUGUGUCGUACAUUUGUCCAUACAGUGGUCCGGUGGUGGGAACAUUGAAUAUAACCAACUACAGGCUGCAUUUCCGGUCGCAGCCUUCGAGUGAUAAGGAUCCGGUGGUGAUUGUGGACUGUCCGUUGGGUGCCGUGAGCCGAAUUGAAAAAGUGGGCGGAGCUAGUUCCCGAGGGGAAAAUUCCUAUGGGAUAGACAUUUUCUGCAAGGACAUGCGAAAUUUGCGCUUCGCCCACAAGCAGGAAAACCAUUCGAGGCGGACCGUUUUCGAGAAGCUUCAGUUGUAUGCUUUUCCUUUGGCAAACAACCAACUGCUGUUUGCCUUCAAUUACAAAGAACGGUUUCCUGAAGACGGAUGGAACGUGUACGAGCCGGUAGCCGAACUGCGGCGGAUGGGUGUGAAUAGUGCCAACAAUGACACCUGGAGAAUCACAAGAAUCAACGACAAGUACGAAAUCUGUGACAGUUAUCCCUCGGUUUGGGCGGUUCCGAAAACGGCCAAAGAUGAUCUGGUCCGCCAGGUGGCAAACUUUCGGUCUCGUAAUCGGCUUCCCGUUCUUUGUUGGAUCCAUCCGAAGUCGCUGGCAACGAUAACCCGUUGCUCUCAACCACUGGUCGGAGUCAGUGGCAAGCGAAACGACGCCGAUGAAACCUACAUCAAUUACAUUAUGGAAGCAAAUGCCCAGUCGGACAAGCUUUCGAUCUUCGAUGCCCGACCGAACGCAAAUGCCAUUGCGAACAAAGCCAAGGGCGGUGGCUACGAGUCGGAGGAUGCCUACAAAAAUGUCGAGCUUACCUUCCUUGACAUCCACAAUAUCCACGUAAUGCGAGAAAGUUUACGGAAGCUGAAGGAAAUCUGUUUCCCGGCCAGCGACGAUCAAAAGUGGCUCUCGGCGGUGGAGAGCACACUUUGGUUGAAGCACAUCAAGUGCAUUUUAGCCGGGGCCGUUCGGAUCGUUGAUAGGAUUGAGAAUAUGCGCAUGUCGGUCGUAGUUCACUGCUCGGACGGAUGGGACCGUACAUCUCAGCUCACAGCCCUUGCAAUGCUGUUGCUGGAUCCCUAUUAUCGUACCUUGAAAGGUUUCGAGGUGCUGAUCGAAAAGGAAUGGCUUAGCUUCGGUCACAAAUUCGAACAGCGCAUUGGUCACGGUGAUAAUCAUCAUUCGGAUGCGGAUCGAUCUCCGGUGUUCCUGCAAUUCAUCGACUGCGUAUGGCAAAUUACGAAACAGUUCCCGCAUGCUUUGGAGUUCAAUGAGUACUUCCUGAUCACAGUACUGGACCAUCUGUAUUCCUGUCGCUUCGGAACGUUCCUCUACAAUACAGAGCGGGAACGUGUUCAAAAUGAUCUGAAAAAUCGCACCGUCUCGCUGUGGUCGUUUAUAAAUUCAUCCCACGAACAGUAUCGUAAUCCGCUGUACGGUGGGCGCAAUAUGGCCAUCCAGACGGUGCUGAAGCCGGUCGUCAGCAUGCGACACAUUCGCCUCUGGAAGGGACUGUACUGCCGGUGGAACCCGAGCAUGCGGCAACAGGAUCCCAUCUAUCAGCGGACGCGGGAACUGCUCGCCCUGCAGGACCAGCUGCUCAAGCAGGUGGAGGAAUGCCGACUGGAAAAGACCCAGCAGCAGCGGACACACCAAUCGGUACGAUUGACUUCACCAUUGCAUUAGACGACGAUGGGAUGCUAUUCGACUGAAUGGUGAGUGAACAAAAAGAAAAACGAUAAUAAUAAGAACAUGUAGGUUCGAGUGAAUCAUCAAAUCA